AUGCUGCCUCGCUCGAUCAAUCUUGUAAUCGGGCCUGGGCCAAAUUGGGCACGGUGCACAGCUGUCGACCAUCGGAAAUGGAAGACGGUUGACAUGGUGAAGGAAUGGGCAGACUAUGUGGUGUACUUCGCCAACUUCAAAGGGUUGCCCCUCCCUGAUGACUCUGUUGGCGCGAUCUAUGCGUCGCACACGAUGGAGCACACGCCCAUGCACGUUUCGCCUCGUAUUUUCAAGGAGUUCCAUCGCGUGCUGCUCCCUGGAGGUUUUCUGCGGGUCAUCACGCCCAACCCGCGGGUGACGAUGCAGCAUUAUCUCGCCGGCGACAACAACUUCAGCCUCUUCCAACGCCGGCGUCGCAUCCAGCAUAGCGGGCACAAUUGGACCCCUUUUGAACUGCUGCGGUCAGAUUUUCUCUCCGUCUCACACCAACCAGACCAGCUUGGAGGAACAGGGCUGGCACAUCAAAAUGCGUGGGACGCGGAGACGAUGAUCAAAGACUUUCAUCGCGCUGGCUUCCGCACCGCAUACGAAUCCGCCUACAACCGCAGCCGGAGUGGCGAGUACUCGUUCGAGGGCCCUGGCGGCUGCCAUUCAGAGGCUGACCAAGCGGAUCGGUCGCUCUACGUGGAGGGCCGAGCGUAG